CAAGAAGAAACAUCUGGUUCUUGUUGAUCCGACUUCUGUCAUUUUUGUAGAAAGUUUACUCGCUCGAUUUUUUACUUCAAAUUGUAUUAAUUGUAUGUGUUUCAAAACCGGCACCAAAAUCUGCUUGGAAGGACUUUACAUUUUUUUAAAUUUAUUAUUUAUUCCAAUCUUUGUAAAUACUCGGCUGGAUAAUUUGUGCUAAAACUGUGCUAAAAGGAAACGUGCGAAGUUAACAUCAACAAACGCUUUGUGAGCCUAUUUUUAAUUCUUUUUAUAUUCUGGACCGUGAAGUUUGUGAGCAAAAUAUAACAAGAAAUGAGUGAGUCGAACGCUGGUAAACAAUGUGGUCCUGCACUAGGCGUGCCGAGAGUAGAAACGCCAGAAGAGAACGAGAAGAAAUCGGUCGAAGUCAACAAGUUGCCAUCAACUUCAAAAACUCUGUCGGCGGUGCCAAAGACUUUGAUUUCGACAGAAAAUGUUGGAUCUGCCACAGGCAACCCUCGGAACAAAGUGGCGCUGCGUCCGGGUCACUCGCUGAUGGAUUGGAUCCGACUGGGCAAUUCGGGCAAGGACCUGACCGGCGUGGGCGGCGUUUCGCGGGACGUUGCUGCGUCCGAGCUGGCCAAGCACAAUCGGCAGGAGGACGCGUGGUUGGCCGUCAAGGGUCGCGUGUACAACGUGACACACUACAUGGAUUUCCACCCCGGAGGCGUGGAGGAACUAAUGAGAGGCGUCGGCAAAGACGCCACUAGUCUCUUUAAUCAGGUGCACGCUUGGGUGAAUUACGAGUCAAUACUUCAGAAAUGCCAAGUUGGGCCUUUACGCGGUGGACUUUUAUUUUCGGCCAGCAAACCAAUGCAGCCCCUGAGUCAGCUGCUUUUCGGGAAGAAAGGUGAAAAAGGAGAACCAUUAUCAGGAAAAGCCAUAGAAAACAAGUCGUCUUCGGCCCCUAGUUUAUCAUCAGCAAUCAUGCCCAAACCUAGCAAUCCUCGCCUCGACUGGUUCCAACAGUUGGGCGCCAUCACUCUGGUUUUAUACGCCCGCCAAGUUUCCCGAGGCCUGGGUAAACUGCCUCCUUGGGUCCGAGUUACUCUGGACGAGGGUGGCACCAAAGUGGGCAUAUUUGUGUGCAACGUCGGCGGAGAACCAGGCCAAACGUACGAAGCAAGACUCGAGCUGAGCGCUCCUGUUCGAUGGCCCUGCUCAGCUGUCAGGGUGCAUCCUGACUCUGGGAAGGUGGAGGUUGUGUUGAAGAAGGAGACGGAAACGCUGUGGAAGUCGUUCGGAACUCCGGCCGAAGGUCACGGCGCCAUCUCUCAAGACUUGCAGGCCGAGAGUGAAUUCUGGCCUGUGUACUUGGCUGACGAAACACAAGUUAAUCACAACACAAAGGUGCUCAGGUUCCAGUUCUCGGACAGGGUGUGUUUUACUGUGCCUGUUGGACACCACUUUAGAGUGCAAACAAAUAUCCAAGGUGUGAUAGUUGCAAGAAGUUACACCCCAAUUGUGCCUUCCCUCAAAUCCUCCAUGUACGACUGCGACUCAAUUUACCUCAUGGUCAAAUCAUAUCCUGACGGAGCUCUCAGCUCGGUGCUCUGCAAGUUGGAAGUUGAGCAAAAAUGCAUGGAAGUAAGUCGGCCGGUUGGAAACUUUGAUGUGCGUUGUUUGAAUGAAACGAGUCGACUUUUCCUGGUGGCUGCUGGCACAGGAAUAACUCCUAUGAUUAGAGUCAUCGUGCACAUCUUAGCAGAUGGCAAGAAAUACUGCAAAAUGAUCAAACUCGCCUUUUUCAACAAGACGGAGAAAGAUAUUUUAUGGAAAGAAGAGUUUUCAUCUUUAUCGAAAGAGGAGCCGCGAUUUUCAGUGCUCAACAUUUUAUCCGAAGCAAGUGAUGGAUGGCCCGAGGCUCGGGGUCGAAUAAGCAGAAAUAUUUUAGAAUCUUUGCUGGAUGUUAAAGAAGGCCAAAGCACGUCCGAUGCUCUUAAACAGGAACCAACAUUUUACUGCAUAUGUGGUCCAACUCCUUUCACUGAAAAAGCGCAAAGCCUCUUGAAUGAAAUGGGUGUCCCGAAGAGCCAGUACCACUGUUUCCUUGGCUGAGUAGAAAAGAAAGGCACAUACGCAGAGACUGACAUCUGUUUUAAGAAGACUACAUCAACCAAAUGAAUGUUUCUCAAGAAGUGACCAACCUGCAUUGAUGUGAUUAUCCAUAGAUAUAAUAAUAAAUGAUCCACAACGACUCUGCACAAACCCAGUUAAAAUUUGCGCCAUUCUGGGUAGGAUGUUCUUACCUCAAUAGCUUUACUCAUGAAUCUUCCUGACUGAUUUAUUGUUGAUUUUAUUGUGUGUCAACUUUGUGUCCGUAGCGAGCCUAUCAAAAAUUAUUAAAGUUGAAAAUCAAAGUCAUUUUAAAAUAACCUUUAAAAGCACUAAUUAGUAAGAGAUGAAUGUUAAAGCACCAAAUUUUUGUUUAGAAAAAUUAAAAAUUAGGCAAACAAAAUGUGGAUAUGUAUGCUAAAGUGGCUUAUCACCUUCUCAUACACUAUACUGGUUGUGAGCUAGUAUUGUAGGCUCUGUGCAUGUCGGUGUUGUUUAAGUUGUGAACGCCCCACUGGAAUCUGGAGCUGCGGAUCAAUGCGUCAUUGUGAAGCAGAAGAGGCCAUGAAUUGUGAUAAAUGUAUUAAAUGUCAAAAUAUGAGCAACCUGAUAAUUAUUUUGAAAAUAAAUGAUUUUGCAAUCCAGGAGUUGACAAGGAUAAUAAUGUUCUUUUUUAAUAU